AUGAGCGGCGGCAAUAUGACCGGCAGCGACUCUACCGUUGUCGGCGAGGGGAAAGAAACCUCGAGCGGCCAUUAUGAGGGGCAGCAUCAUCUACCCAGUGCUGAAAUGAAUCGAGAAGUGGAAGAGGACAUCGUCGACUCGACCUUGCCCGAGGAGGACGACCUCGAGGAGGACAAUCUCAAUGCGUUGGACCAGAUCCGCUCCCGCACACGCAGCCGUCCUGGCUACGAGACGAUAGAAUGGAAAGUCGAUGACCCCGAGAACCCCAAAAACUGGUCCAAGACCAAAAAGUACCUCGUCGUCGCCUUGACGUCGAUGCUGGUCCUCAACUCGACGAUUGGGUCCGCUCUACCCAGCCAGGCCAUUCCAUUCAUCGCAGACUACUUUGGCGUCGCCUCGCAGGAGCAGCGCGUGCUACCCAUCUCCGUCUUCCUCGUCGGCUACGUCUUCGGCCCGCUCAUCUGGGGCCCGCUCAGCGAGCACAUUGGCCGGCGCAACCUGACGCUCGUCACCUUUACCAGCUUCACCCUCUUCACCAUGGGCUGCGCGCUCGCGCCCUCGUGGGGCGCGCUGCUCGUGCUGCGCUUCUUCACCGGCGUCUUUGCCGCCUCGCCCAUUGCCAUUGUCGCCGGCAUCCUCGCCGACAUCUACGGCGACGCCCGCGAGCGCGGCCGCGCCUUUGGCAUCUUCAUGGUCGUCACCACCCUCGGCCCGCUCAUCAGCCCCGUCAUCUCGGGCUACACGGCCGACACCGUCGGCUGGCGCUGGGCCUUUUGGGUCAACCUCAUGUACGCCGGCGCCACCCUCGCCUGCGUCCUCUUCCUCCCCGAGACGUACGAGCCUGUCCUGCUCGAGCGCCGCGCCCGCCGCCUCCGCCGGCAAGACCCGACCCACAACAAGGUCGUCGCCCCGCGCGAGCUCGAGGAGACGGACCUCGGCCAGCUCGUCAGCGUCGUCCUCGCCCGGCCCCUGCGCAUGCUCUUCACCGAGCCCAUUGUCGCCUGCUGCUGCGCCUACCUCGGCCUCGUCUACGCCGUCUUCUACAUGUCCUUCCAGGCCUACCCCAUCAUCUACCAGGGGCUCUAUCACCUCAGCCCCGGCGAGACCGGCCUCACCUACCUCUCCGUCGGCGUCGGCGCCGCCAUUGCCUUUCCCAUCUUCUGGAACUGGGACGCCGUGCUCGCCCGCGCCCAGGCCCGCGGCGCCGCCUGGACCAAGCGCGAAGAGUACCGCCGCCUGCCGCUCGCCUGCAUCGGCGGGCCGCUCUUCGUCAUCUCCCUCUUCUGGAUGGGCUGGAGCGCCCGGCCCGGCGUGCACUUUGUCGUCCCCCUGCUCGCCGGCAUCCCCUUUGGCAUGGGCAUGAUCCUCAUCUUCUUCGCCAUCCUCAACUACCUCGUCGACGCCUACGAAAUCUUUGCCGCCUCCGCCAACGCCGCCUCCUCCACGAGCCGCUCCAUCCUCGCCGUCGUGCUGCCCUUUGCCACGACGCGCAUGUUUGAGCGCCUCGGCAUCGCGGGCGCCUGCUCGCUGCUCGGCGGCCUGCUCGCCGUCAUGUGCAUCAUUCCUUUCGUCUUCAUCUGGAAAGGAGAAGCCAUUCGUGCGCGGUCCAAGUUUUGCGUCGCGCUGCGUGAGAGGCGUGAGAAGUUGGCGCGGAGGGCAGAGGAGCGACGUCUUCGGCAGGAAAGAGAGCAGAUCCGUGAAGCGGAGAGAGAAAAAGCACAGCGUCAGCAGGCGAUGGAGCUUCAGGAAGUUUGA